GACACUCUACGGUUAUUUCUCGUUUGUCACGAAACAAGCCACCGAGUCAGAAUUACACAGACGUACAUGUAGAACAGUCUCCGCGCGAACGGUGAAUCACAAUCACAACAAUAGUACACAGGAGUGUAUACACUUCGCAUAGCAUAAGAGAGACGGAGAGCAACGGCGUAUAUAUACGGACCAGAAGUGCCGCCCAUCCUCGAUACACAAAUAUAGUCAUCUCCAAAUCAGUCUUUCCUGAUCUUUCUGCCAGGCUAGCAGACUUGGUUUUCUCACGAGCAAACCCGAAAAUCUCAAUCUCAGAACGCAAUGGCUUCCUACACCGAAGACCAAUUGGCCGAAUUUCAAGAAGCAUUCCAACUUUUUGACAGCCGUGGAGAUGGUAAAAUUCAUGUAGCUCAAAUCGGAGAUGCUUUACGCGCUCUGGGCCAAAAUCCUACUGAGUCUGAUGUUAAAAAGUUCACAAAUCAGCAUAAACCUGAUGAAAGAAUAAGCUUUGAAGUAUUUUUACCCAUCUAUCAAGCUAUCAGCAAAGCUCGUGCUUCAGAUACUGCAGAUGACUUUAUUGAGGGAUUGAGACAUUUUGACAAGGAUGGAAAUGGUUUUAUUUCAUCAGCUGAAUUAAGACAUUUAUUAACAACGCUUGGUGAAAAACUCAGUGAUGAAGAAGUUGAAACUCUUCUAAGUGGACAUGAGGAUACACAAGGUAACAUCAAUUAUGAAGACUUUGUGCGUCAAGUCAUGUGCGGUUAAACAAAUACUCAGAAAUAUGAAAACUAAUUUAUUCUAUUUCACAAAGUAAAAGAAUUACUCAAAUUUUAUUAGAAAAUUUUUAGAGCUAGUAAUUAUGCACAGCCAUCUCCUUAAUAUUAAUUUUUCUUUUAUUUUAUCAAUCGAACUGAUAAUCUUUAAUUUGUACAUGAAUUGAAAUAGUAUUUAAAACAUUUUUUAACCAUUCAAAAUGUAUACCUGUUGUGCCUUAAAUGUUGUUAAGUUAUGUGCAUUUAAUUAGUUGCAAUUGGAGACUUUAUUACCGGAUUAGUCUUAUAUUUAACCAACAUAAUGCAUUUUUGUGCAAAUACUUUUAGACGUGACAUAUUCUGGAAAUAAUUGAACUAUAAAAUGCGCUGUCGCUGUUUUAUAGAAAAUAAACUGAAAAUCGCACAAAAAUUUUGAUGGGGGUACUUAAUUUGAUGAGAAAUAAAGAGUUGCAUACAAUUUUAUUAAAUCAUUUGAUUGAUUCAGUAAAAACUCCUUUAAAAAUUAUAAAAUAAGUAAUAUCCUAAGCUCUGAUAAUUAUAAAAAAUUUUGAGAACUUCUACAAUAGAAAUAAGUAUUUAUUCUAUUGCUUAUAUCCAAUUUCAAAAUAGUACUUACAAAAUAAAAAAUCAAAUCAAUAAAUAAGAUUAUAUUCAUAGGAUCUAACUCUCCUAAGCUUUAUGUAACAGUAGAAUUGUAAAAAUUAUUUUUUGUAAAUUAUAUACAUGAACUUUUCGAGAGACUUUCGAAAUAUUUAUUGUUUUAUAUAAAGAAUUACAAAUACAUGGAUUUUUAACACA